AUGGAGGUUCUAAAUGUCCAUGCCUCAAAGUCUGACGUCAUCAAGUCGGCGAGCCCUAAGUCAACGUUAAAGCACAUAUGGACAGAGAGCAGUAAGGACAUGUCCAUCAGUAGGCUGCUGUCACAGACUCUGCAUGGCAAAGAGAACAGCACAGCUUUGGACCUACACUAUGACACUCCAGAGCCCUAUUCUGAGCAGGACCUGUGGGACUGGCUGAGGAACUCCACGGACCUGCAGGACUCCCGGCCGCGGGCCAAACGGCGGCCUAUGGUCAAGACGGGAAAGUUCAAGAAGAUGUUCGGCUGGGGGGACUUCCACUCCAACAUCAAGACGGUGAAACUCAACCUGCUGAUCACCGGAAAGAUUGUGGAUCACGGAAACGGCACGUUCAGCGUCUACUUCCGCCACAAUUCGACGGGCCAGGGUAACGUGUCUGUCAGCCUGGUCCCACCUACCAAGAUAGUGGAGUUCGACGUGGCGGCGCAGCAGUCGGUCAUUGACGCCAAGGACUCCAAGUCCUUCAACUGCCGUAUCGAGUAUGAGAAGGUGGAGAAGGGCGCCAGGAACACCCUUUGCAACUUCGACCCGUCCAAGACCUGCUACCAGGAACAGACCCAGAGCCACGUCUCCUGGCUCUGCUCGAAACCCUUCAAAGUGAUCUGCAUCUUCAUUUCCUUCUACAGCACCGACUACAAACUGGUGCAGAAAGUCUGCCCAGACUACAACUACCACAGCGACACUCCUUACUUCCCCUCCGGCUGA